AUGCGUGAAAGGACGUUUGCGCGUGGCUGGGUCGUUGUUCUACGAGCCCCCCUCGUGAAGAUGGCCGCAGUGGAUCCUACGUACCCGUUGUAUCCCAUUGCAUGCACUCUGGCUUCCGUCAUGGUAUUCUUGGUUCUAAUGACCAGCUUCGUCCGCCAGAGCUGGAACCUGGGCGUCACGUUUCUCUGCUUCUGGAUUUUCAUCGAGAACAUCACCAGUACAGCAAGCGCCAUCCUAUGGUCAGACAACGCCGUCAUCAGGUUAUACGUCUACUGUGACAUUGUCAGUCACCUGAAAAUCAUUACAUCCUUCGUUAAGCCCAUGGCGACUCUCAUCAUCAUCCGGCGGCUUCACAUGAUUGCCACCCUUCAGUCUCUAACGCCCUCGAGCGAAAGAGCGAGACGACUAGAUAUUGCUCUGGAGUGGACGCUGGGCUUGAUCAUCCCCCUUCUGUUGGCCGGUCCUAUCUACUAUGUGAACCAAGGUGCUCGGUUCAUAACCGAGGAAGGCUUCGGGUGCACGAACACCGUCACCUUGUCGGCAGUCGUGCUUCUGACCUAUGAGACAUGGAACAUCAUUCCUCCCCUCAUAUCACUCGUGUUCUAUUAUCCCAAGGUGAUACGGGCGUAUUAUCGACAGCGCCGAGACGCCAACAACUUCAUGCGCAGCGAUGCGUCGUCGAUAUCCACGAAUGUCUAUCUUCGAAUUCUCGCCUUGGCCAGUAUCGACAUCCUACUCACACUUCCGAUUGGAAUCGUCAACAUCGCGUUGAAUAUAAGCUCGACAGUGGUGUCUAUUGAUACAGUACCUCUCUACCCAGGCUGGACGGCACUCCACUCGGACUGGGAACCCGUAAGCUACACAUACGCCGAGUUGGAGACUUUUGGACGCUCGGAGCUCGCAAGAAACUACUUCUCUUACUGGACAUCCCCCGUACUCGCGUUCGCCAUCUUCUGCCUCUUUGGAGUGACAUCCGAGGCCCGUGCAUCGUAUUGGCGUAUCAUUCGCGCUGUGGGCGACCGGGUUGGAUGGAGGCGCACUACGCGGCCGGCAAAGGAAGGACAUACGUCGUUGGGCGAGAUUGAGUUUGGCCAGCGGCCGCAGAACAUGUCGGGACUUGACCCGGAGAUGGGGUCCCGUACGCCUAGCAACAUCAAUGCUGAUAGGUCUGAUAAAGACGAGGUCAUCGGGGAUGAAGUGCUGGGGCGCCUAACGGUGCCAGGGUUGGAUUCGCAAUCGGUCACAAUCUUGCAACAUCAGGCGUCGACUGGGGACGAGAAAUCCCAACAUAGGGCAGUAGCCCUGUAA